GUUUCCUUUUGGUAACAUUCGAUUAUGUUAGUCUUUUGGUGGCGGCCACUGCGUGCGGAAGCAUUCCGGAAAAGCUCUGUUCGAUACUCUAGACGAUAAAACAGGAUAUUACUGAAAUUUGAGACUUUCUGCCAAGAGUGAUAAACUUUUUGCUAAUGAAAGACAUCGACCGGUCAGGAAGCUGCACAUAAGAAAUUUGAUAUGGCAAAUUAAAUUAUUGUAACUUGAUGGAGUCUAAACACGUUCAAACGGUGCGAUGUACGAUGUGAUUUCGCGAAGGUUGUUUACGCUGUGGCUGGCAGAGUGGUUGUAACUGCGAGCAAUUUUUCUCGACACCGUUAGUCCUCGGCUUCCUGUUCACGCACUGGACAUUAAUACCUAUCACCGCCAGGACAGAAGGCGAAGCUCGUAAAUUGCGAUAAUUAAAAACAAACAAAGCGUACCCAACAAAAAAUGUUCGAAAAUAAAUAAACAGUUGCGGGGGCUGGUGCACUUAGUGGUCCGUUGUCGAGUAGCGGCGCGUUUCUUAGUGAACGGUGCAAGUAAAUCACGUGGCGUUUUCCAACGCGGUCCCACGAUCAUUUGUUAGGUGAAGUGCCGACAACAAAGCGCAAACGAUGAUAUUUUCAUAUGAAAUUUACAUUCAAUCAAGUAUCGCUGGGGUGGCGGCCGUAAAGCGGUACGAAUCGUGCAAAGUGUUUGUGGACGUUUAAACAAAAAUUAAAAUAAGGCCGUUCGCGUGGUUUGCCGCUGUUGGAGCGUCGUAAAAUCGUAAAUGAGAAGUUGGUGCGAGUGAAGUAAUCCGAUGAAAGCUGUGGAUAAUUUAAUUUUUCGCAUUGGAGGCUAAGAUUACGGUAGAUUAAACAGGAUUAAAAAACAAAAUCAUCAGAGAAACAAUGAUUUGGCGAGACCGACACAGAAGAAGGAAGAUUAUAUCGUGUAGUGAAUGAUCCUGGCCAGCUAGUAAUGAAAUUAGAACCGAGCCUCGCUAACUAUCUCCCGCAGGGCAAAGCAUUUUCUUAGUAAGGCGUGAGGUGAUACAAAGCAUCAGGGCUAUAUAAUAAUAGAGCAGCAAGACAAAAAUAAAUUUCUCGGAUGAAUAACUCCCACAUACUAGAUUGUGACAGACUUGUGGUUAUCUAAAACCUCAAACCAUUUAUCUACCGAACAUUUUGCACUUGAUGUUGCACUAUUACGUGCACUCUGACGAAAAGCAGCAAUCUGUGCAAACUACAAAAGACAGAGCGUGUAAAUGAACAGAAAACACACGUGCCCAAAUAAAACCAGAAAUUGCAUCCGAUGCACUUGUUUAGAUCGUUUGUCACGCGUGCAAAAUAAACCAAACAAACAAGGUCGGUUGCAUGGCAUUGUAAGCUUCGCAAUCGGUCGAUUAUCUGUAUAGGUCAGCUGUUGAUUUUGUGGAAUUCGAAACGCGUAGUGUAGCAUGACAGCGUAGUUCGCUGCAGCGGCCCAUUUUUCGAUUACCAGUGGAUAAAAAUGGCCAUUCUUCACUCGUGUUGCCUGUGGCGGACAGUGCGCAAAGGGAGUUAUGCCAGCGUUAUCUAUACAUUUUUUUACUUCGGCAUAUCCUGUAUCACGUUAUCAGUGUUCGUGCACGAUGAGCGGAAAUUUCUGAAAGGCGAAGCCGAAAAACCUAGCGGGGAAAGUUUCUUAGAGAAGGAGAGCAUAUCGACAGUGACUGUGAUAUUCAACAUGUUGUUAUUAGCGUUUGCUAGCCUGGGUGUAGUGUCGUCCCUUCUGGUUGUAGUCGGAUUAAAACUGGACAACCGAGCGUUCCUGGUGCCAUGGAUAAUUGUUAUGAUUGCUGACUUGCUGGUGGAGUGUGCCCAUUUUAUUUAUCUUAUUGUGAUUCAGACACUACGGUUCGAACCAGUCACAGCAAUGCUGUUCACAAUUGAUUUCUUCAUUAUGUGUCUUAAUAUUUAUUGCCUGCUCUGCGUGAUAUCCCAGUAUCAGGAAUACAGGGCCGGCCGAGGAGCAGCGGAGAAUUGUUCUUUCACAAGUUCUCUCAACAUCCAGUAUAGUCCGCCAGCUGCUACUUGUCUACCCCAGGGGAAAUCCAUCCGAAGUCCGGUAAUGUGUCCCCACACAAAUUGUACUUUAAUUCCGGAAGAAACUCAGACGAAUGGUGCGAUUCACAGCACUAUAACGGUGGCUCCACCAUUGAAUUCACCCCCGGACUUUUGCCGGCAAAAUUCUCUGCUACUGAAGAAACAGGUCAAAUUCAACAACGGCGAGAAAACGAAAGUAUGCUGCAGUGGGGUCAUUCAUCCAGAAAAUGUUCUGCCUAAGGAGGCCUGCAGGAGAAGCAACGGUCACAUAUUGCCGAUUGAAACGCUUCCCGAAUAUGGAGAGGGGACCCGAACCUGGAAAGAACGGAAGACGGUAAAGCACUAUAAUACUCAUGGAAAGUAGAAGAAAUGACUCUUGGCUCCACAGGAUAUAAUAGGAUCGCAACGUUCGUAAGACUUCCCCGCACGAGAAAUUUUAAUCUCCCAAGCCUGUGCGUUCUGUACAAUACAGCGAUGAAAAGAACACAUUUAUCUUUGAAUCGCAUUAUUCCUCCAAAUGGAUUAUCCAGUCCUUUCUAAACAUAGGUUUACACUCUGUUUAGUAACUUCUUGUAUUUAAAAGUUUUCUCUCGAAUGCCGAAGAUUUCAUCUUAAACAGGAAAUAAACUGAUUCCUCCUUAGAACUACUGCCACUAUUUAUAUUCCAUAUCCUUUUCCCUACUCUAUGCUCUACUGUUUUAUAAUACGCAAAUAUACGAAUAUAGUAUGGUAAGAUACACUCUUUGAUCAUGAUUCGCCCUUUCUCCUUAACAUCUACCCUUUAUCUUGAUCUAACCUUGAUCACCGUGUGAAGCUUAAUUCCCAAUUAAGGUAAAAUUAAUUAGGUAUAUAUAAAAAAUAACGAAGAGCCUAUUCAGCGAAAAAAUAUUGAAAAUACUUGUAGGCGCAUUUUAGGUAAGCAUUGCAGAUUUAUAUUUUACACUCAGAUUCACAAUUAGUGAAGAAGCUAUGUAUGCCAGUUUUUGUUCUAUCUAUAUGACAAACCCACAACCAGUCAGUGCUGUACUAUAAUAUAUAAUUACGGAAAGAAGUUAUAUAACCGCUUCUAAGCGACACAUUCGAGUUAAAUUGGCUAUUGUCUAUGAAAGCAAACAUGACAAACCACUUGACACCCGGCAUGUAGUAUCAGAUAGGUAUCAAUUAUGCACGCCACUAUAUAUAGAUGUGUUUCUGCUGUAUUUUCACCGAAACCGGAUUUUCGAUUCGAUAAACAACAGACAACAUCUUUGAAAAACAAACAUUAAUUACGAUCCGCUUAGAGAAUUUUUCCCAUUUGCGUUUUUCGAAGCACCCUUUUUAACGUUGAUUGUGAAGAUUGGGUAAUUUGAAGUUUGGAUAAUUAAAAGGUUGAAACGAUUAUAUUAUAAUAAAUUCGAAUAAAUCAACUGAUAUUUUUCCAAAGCUAGGUUAGAAUAUACCUAAUUCAACUCUGCAAUUCAUUCUAACAUCUAAGUGCAAUUGCGCUUGAACACAGGAACUUUGUCAAGUCACGAUAUUGGAUCAAUUAUAAAACUGAAAAAGGGAUCAGGUAUUGAACAUAAGCAUUUUCGUAUAAGGUUAUACGAUACGAACACACAGAGAGCGAUUAAACUGAAUAAUGUGAAUGUGAUUGUUGCAACAGAAUGAAGCAACUAGGAUUAAAGCUACUCCUACAAAAAAUACUAUCUGAAGUCGAAUCAAGUGUAUUGUUUGUCGACAUUAGAAGUUGAAGCACGAACCAAAUUUUAGUUAUCUUUUAAAGUGUGAUAUCAGUGUCAAAUCAAAAAAGUUAGAUCAUAAGAGUUAGAACGGUUGGAGUCAAAAUAUAUUUGUAUA